AUGGAGUUUAAAAUUUUAUUAUCAUUUUUGUUGAUGAUUGUUGGAUCAUUUGGUAAUCAACUUAAAUUAUACAAUAAUUGCCCGUUUACUGUGUGGCCCGGUAUUCAAGGUAAUCCAGGAAAAGCGCACCUUGAAGGUGGUGGUUUCCAAUUGGCACAACAUGGAACAAAAAUUCUUAAUACACCAGGUGAUUGGGCUGGCAGAAUCUGGGCAAGAACAAAAUGUGAUGGUUCAGGAAGAUGUGAAACUGGUGACUGUGGAAAUAAAAUACAAUGUAAUGGAGCUGGUGGUGUACCACCAGUAUCACUUGCUGAAGUCACAUUAAAAGGUUGGGGUGGACUUGAUUAUUAUGACAUUUCUUUGGUUGAUGGUUAUAAUUUACCAAUUAAAAUGGAACCAACUAGUGGAUUUGUUUAUGCAAAUACUGGAAAAUAUGAUUGUAAAAGAGCUGGUUGUCAUGCUGAUUUGAAUGCAAGGUGUCCAAAUGAAUUGGCAAUUAAACGAAAUGGCUGGACUGUUGCUUGUAAAAGUGCUUGCGCGGCUUUUAAUACUGAUAAUUAUUGUUGUCGUGGUGCUCAUAAUAAACCAGAAACAUGUAAAAGUUCCAAUUGGCCGGUCAAUUAUCCAGCAAUAUUUAAAUCAGCUUGUCCUGAUGCGUAUAGCUACGCUUAUGAUGACACAACUAGUACAUUUACUUGUCGUGGAAGUCCACAAACUAAUUAUGAUAUUGUUUUUUGUCCAUAA